GUUUGAGAGCACUGUGCAGGUUGGCAAACUGCAGGACCUUAUCAACCGAAGUAAGAUGGCGAGGUGUAGAGGACGAUUUGUUUGCCCAGUCAUUCUGUACAAGGGAAAGCAUAUUUGCAGAUCAGCAACGCUGGCUGGCUGGGGAGAGCUCUAUGGGCGCACUGGCUACAACUACAUCUUCUCAGGAGGUUCUGAUGAUGCUUGGGCAGAUGCAGAAGACAUUUCAGAGGAAGAUUCUGCAUUUAGAAAUGCAGACUCCCAGCUGUUUGACAAGGUCAGAGGGCAUGACAUCAAGCUGCUUCGAUACCUGUCUGUCCGAUACAUCUGUGACCUGAUGGUGGAAAACAAGAAGGUGAAGUUUGGCUUGAAUGUGACGUCUUCUGAGAAGGUGGACAAAGCUCAACGUUAUGCUGAUUUCACACUUCUCUCCAUACCAUAUCCAGGCUGUGAAUUUUUUAAGGAGUACAAAGACCGGGAUUAUACAGCUGAAGGUCUCAUAUUUAACUGGAAACAGGAUUACGUAGAUGCUCCGUUAAGUAUCCCAGUCUCUCUGACCCAAUCUCUGAAUAUUAAUUGGAGUGAGUACCAGAGCUGGGACCUCGUACAACAGACACAGAACUACCUGAAGCUGCUGAUCUCCAUCAUCAAUAGUGAUGAUGACAGCGGGCUCCUGGUGCACUGUAUAUCUGGCUGGGAUCGAACUCCUCUCUUCAUCUCCUUAUUGCGCCUCUCCUUAUGGGCUGAUGGGCUCAUCCACGCAUCCCUGGAGCCAUCUGAGAUUCUGUACCUGACAGUGGCCUAUGACUGGUUUCUCUUUGGGCACAUGUUAGUCGAUCGACUCAGUAAAGGAGAAGAGAUUUUCUUUUUCUGCUUCAAUUUUCUGAAGCACAUCACCUCUGAGGAGUUCUCUGCUGUGAAGUCGCAGAGAAGGAAGAGUUUGCCACCUGGCUUCACCCUGGAAGAGAUCUGCAUGCUCAAGCAGAGAGACCGAGGAAGCACCACAAGUCUGAGCAGCGACUUCUCCCUGGGGAUGGAAAGUUCCCCUGGAGCAGCUGGGAGCUUCACCUAUGAAGCAGUGGAGCUGAUGCCAGCAGGAGCACAGGCUCAAGCGGCAUGGAGGAAGAGCUGUGCAUCAUCACCACAAGCCAUGCUCUGGAGCAGGGCACAGCAGUCUGAAGACAGGCUGCCUUCCGCAGGGAUGGUCGAAGUCAAGUCCUCCAGCUCCUCCUCAUCAACCCAUUCUGAUAACUUCCUGAGGAUUGGAAGCAGCCCACUGGAAGUGCCCAGAUCCAGAUCGGCGGACCAUUCUCUGCCCGGAUCUUCCGUUUCCACAGACUUUGGCAGCUGGCAGAUGGUGACAGGGUGUGGCAGUAUUCGGGAGCAGGCAAUCCUGAGCGCAGACGCCUCUCUCCCUUGCAGCUUCCAGGAUGAGUUCCCUAGCACUUGCCU